UAAAACUUGAUUUCUCUCUCUUCUGAGUUUGGAUAAAUACAUUCUUCCGCCUCCAUCAGAUCCCCCAUUUUCAAUCUGUUAGCUUUUCUUCUCUCAAUCGACAAUCGCUACUAAAAACAUUCCACCUUUUCACAUAUAUAUAUCUCAUGGCUUCGUCGUCACCGGAUGAUGAAUUCUCUGCUCUUGAACUCAUACGUCAGCAUCUCCUCCUUGAUGACUUUGCCUUUGCGGAAAAUUACCUCGCUUACUCUCCGACAAGCCCCCUUAAAUCUUCUGAUCUAUCUUCAUCUUCAAGGUGGAAUCUUGAUUUCUCCAACAACAAAUCACUCAAAAAAGAAAACGAUUUCGACCCAUUUGAAUUUGAGGCGAAACCUACUACCAGCCACCCUUCUCACGAUAUAUCUAUUCCCACGCCGAUUAGUAGGUUAUCGAUUCCGGCUGCUGCCGUAGACAGAAGGCGUUACAGGGGAGUGAGACAGAGGCCGUGGGGGAAAUUCGCGGCGGAGAUAAGGGACCCGACCCGAAGGGGUUCCCGGGUAUGGCUUGGAACAUUUGACACCGCCGUUGAAGCAGCCAAGGCAUACGAUCGUGCGGCUUUCAAGCUGCGUGGCCAGAAGGCCAUUCUGAAUUUCCCUCUCGAAGCGGGUAAUCCGCCGGAGAGUAUACCGGCGGUGGGAUGUGGACGCAAGAGGAGGAGAGAGAGUUUGGUUCAAGACGAGUAAAAAAAUAUGAAAAUGAUAACCGGAGCUGGAGGGAUUUGACGAUGCCGUUACUUCCCCGUUAACGCUGUCGAGUUGGAUUGGUAUAUUUGACGUCCACGGGUUGUCGUCCCAAAGUGGGUUGGGCCUGGUCCUGGGCCGGUCGUGGGUUAUGGGUUAUGGGUUAUGGGUUUAAGAACUUUCUACUGUGUUUCUGUUAGAUGCUACACAAUAGGCACCGCAUGUUAGGAAUUAGGAUAUAUUGAUCCUAAUCUUGAAAAGUUGUUGAUUUUUAAUCCAAAUAUUAUAUAGAUAAAUGGUAAAUAAUUGUAUGAACUUGUG